AUGUACUCCCAAAACCCUCCUGACACAUCCCACCACCACGCCAUAAACCACUACCACCCAUCACCACAAUACCCUCCCCACGCACACUACACUGUAUCCCCCACAUCACCAACGACGCAGCCCCCACUACACCACACCACACAUCACCACCACCACAGCCCCCACUACAUCACACUACGCACCUCCUCCCAAAGCGCACAGUCUCCACUCCCACAGUCGCCACCCCGCACCACGCAGCCCCCACCAAUGCACCCGCCCCUCACCCCCUCACCUCGCCCCUUGCCACACCUAGCUCCCACCCUGGACCAGACCCAUACCCAACAGCCACACCCUGCCCUGCCCACACCCAGCGCCAUACCCCCCGCCCGCCGCACCCGCCUGCAAACACGAACGCAGCCCACCCAGCCGCCGCCCCCUAACAAUCACCCCACCCGUCGUCCCCUGCACCCCAACCACGGCCCCUCUCACCCCGCCCCGUCACCAAGACCAGACCCAUCCUCCCUCCUCCUCGUCCUCGUCCAGAAUUUUAGUGAAGCGCCGGGCAUCACUAGAAUUAUACCUUUUUUAGUGACUCACUGA